AUGACUAAUAAUUAUCAUUCUAUCGAAGACAUUGAAGAUGGUCAUCGGUCCGACGAUGAUAUAAAAUCAUCGCGGCGUCUUUCAUUGUUGAAGGUUGUUAUUUUAGUAGUUUGUGCUGGACUUUUAUUUGGUUUAAUUAUUGUUGCAUUUCCUGUGAAUAAAGUUCUCGAUGGUAUAAUCGCUAGUGAUGAUCCUCGACUUAUUGUUGCUAAACAUGGUGCCGUUGCUUCUGAAUUAGUGAAUUGCUCUGUUAUUGGUGUUGAUGUUUUAAAAGAGGGCGGAUCAGCUGUUGAUGCUGCAAUUGCAACUCAAUUAUGUGUCGGCACGGUCAAUGCAUUUUCUGCAGGAAUUGGAGGUGGUGGUUUAAUGAUGAUUCGUUUGCCUGAUGGAACUGCUGAAUUUAUUGAUUGUCGGGAAACUGCUCCACAAUCCGCCAAACCUGAUAUGUAUAAAAAGAAUCAUACUUGGUCUAAAAUUGGUGGACUUGCUGUUGGUGUUCCCGGCGAAGUUCGUGGAAUGAAACUUGCACAUGAAAAAUAUGGAAAAUUACCAUGGAAGCGACUUUUUGAGCCAUCAAUUAAAUUAAGUCGUGAUGGUUUUCCUGUUCCUCCAGAAUUGGCUAUACGACUAAAGUCGUAUAGAAGUGUAAUAUUGAAUGUUCCAUCGUAUCGUGAUAUUUAUGCGCCACACGGACAAUUGUUAACUGAAGGAAAAAUAGUACAUCGGCUUAAUUUUUCAAAAACUUUGGAAGCUAUUGCUAAUGACAGUACCGAAUUUUACGAAGGAUAUAUCGCAAAAUCAUUGGUCAAAGAAAUUAAUACUCAGGGUGGAAAAAUGACUUUUGAAGAUUUUGUUAAUUAUCGACCCAUUGUUCGUGAACCUAUCAUUGGAUAUUAUCACGGACGAAAAGUAAUAACACCACCAGAACCUACAAGUGGACCUGCAUUAAUAUUCAUGUUGAAUUUACUGGAAGGAUAUAAUAUGACUAUAACUGGGCUUGAUGGCACUAAUCUCCAAAGAAUCGUUGAAACGAUAAAAUUUGGUUUUGCCCGACGUACUGAACUGGCGGAUCCUGCAUUUUUCGAAAAUCAAAAAGAACAUAAUGACCGUGUAAAAGAAAUUAUUUCCAAAAAAUUUGCCGAACUUGUACGGCAUAAUGUUUCAGAUACCCACACAUAUAAUCCAAGCCAUUAUGACCCGAUGUUUGAUUUCACUGAAGAUCAUGGAACAACUCACAUUUCUGCUAUCGAUGUUAAUAAUAUGGCUGUAUCUUUUACCUCUACGGUUAAUCUAAUUUGGGGAGCACGUGUUUUAGAUCCUAAUACUGGUAUACUUCUUAAUAAUGAAAUGAAUGAUUUUGCAGUUCCCGGUGAACCAAAUGAUUUUGGAUUAUGGCCUUCGCCUUAUAAUUUUGUUGCCCCUGGAAAGAGGCCUUUAUCUUCAACAGUUCCAACGAUAGUGGAAAAUGAAGAUGGUGAAGUGGAAUUAAUAGUUGGUGGUAGUGGUGGUACAAGAAUUCUUACCGGUGUCUUACAGGUAUUGACAAAUGUAUAUGAAUUUAAUAUGGACGUUUUGUCCGCCGUUAAUGCACCUAGAGUCCACCAACAACUAUUACCAAAUGUGUUGGAAAUGGAAUCUGGGUUCGACUAUGAGUUGGUUAAUGAUUUGUUAAAAAUUGGACAUGUCAUACAAUUACAUAAUGUUUAUGAUAGAAGAUUUGCGUGUGCUGUUCAAAUAGUUAGAAAGUUUAAAAAUGGAACUAUUCAUGCUGCAAGCGAUUAUAGGAAAGUUGGAUUUGCAGCUGGCUAUUAA